AUGGGUCGACGUCGAAGUACUAAUAAACCACCACCGAAACGAAAACCUAUUGUACCCCUGGAUAAAGUAUUCAACUGUCCCUUCUGUAAUCAUGGUCGGUCAUGUGAAGUUGAAUUACGUCGUGAUAACGGUGUUGGAUAUAUUAAGUGUACUAUAUGCUUGGAAGACUUUCAAACAAAAAUCAAUUAUCUAAGUCAAGAAAUCGAUGUCUACAAUGAUUGGAUUGAUGCCUGCGAAGAAGCAAAUGCCUAA